UUGAAUAUAGGUUAUGUUGUGUACAUUCUUAUCAGUCAGGUGCUCAGUUCGUCAGAUCUGUGUGCAGAGUAAUAUUUAUUUUUAUACAGUGAAUAGCUUUAUCAUCGUAAGGCUAUUACUUUAAUAUUGCAUAAUAAGUCAAUCAUGUGAUGCUCCCCUACAAAGCAGCAAGUUUCACUAGUAGGCUAUUUAAUCUCAAUUAUGGGAGAGAAUUGCAAGAACUGUACAAGUUUAUGACAUGUAUUACCUAAUCAUUCUGUUUCUAUGAAUUUGCAGCAUUUAGUGAGUUAAUGCAAGAAAUAAGUAUUUUUACUCUUCACUAAAAGCUGGUUCCAGAACAGGACAAUAAGUUUUGUAACUGAAUAUAGUCUAUUUGCAUUCUAGACCUACUGUACUGUAAGUUACUUCACAUUCAAAUCGUUACAAUAUGUCUGAAGGUAGAAUCCUUUCUAUCCAAAGUCAUGUUGUCGCUGGAUAUGUUGGAAACAAAUGUGCUACAUUUCCAUUGCAGACAUUGGGCUUCGAGGUAGAUGCUAUCAACUCAGUUCAGCUAUCAAAUCAUACCGGAUACACGAUAGUAAAAGGGCAAAUACUCAAUGAGAAGAACCUGGAUGACCUGAUAAGUGGCCUUAUAGAAAACUCACUGCAUGACUAUAGUCAUCUACUGACUGGUUAUGUUGGAUCGCCUACUUUCUUGACAGAGAUUUCAAAAACUGUUGGAGAGUUGCGGAAGAAAAAUCCAAAAUUAGUUUAUGUUUGUGAUCCUGUGAUGGGCGACAAUGGUAGAAUGUAUGUACCUGAAUCAUUACUUGAAAUCUACAAAACUUGUAUCAUUCCUCUGGCUGAUAUCAUCACUCCCAACCACUAUGAACUAGAGCUGCUGACAGGGAAGCCCGUGAAGUCCAUCCAAGAUGCUUGGGUAGCGAUAGACAAGCUGCAUGACAAAGGAUGUAAAACUGUGGUCAUAUCAUCAACGGAUCUAGGCACUGAAAACACUUUACUUGCUAUUGCCAGCUCAAAAACAAAUGGAAAACGGGAGAGAAUACUGAUGAACAUUCCGCUGCUUGAUGCCAAUUUCACCGGAACCGGAGACUUGUUCACUGCACUCUUCUUAGCUUGGAUGACCAAAACAGGCAACAACCUCCAGCUUUCCUUGGAGAAGACUAUAGACACUGAACAGGCCAUAUUAAAAAGGACUCUUUCCCGUGCAAAAAGUCUGGCUGGUGCUGGCAAUAAACCGUCUCGUGAGCAUCUCGAACUGAGACUAAUAGAAUCCAAGAGAGAUAUUGAGAAUCCAGAAACCCUCUGCAGAUGUGAAGUUAUUGAAUAAGCAUUCCAUGACAAUAAAAACAAUAACUAACCAAGUCUUCCAAGAUGACCAAAUAAAGGAGUUACCAUGUACUAUUCGCAUUGCCCUGGAUGUAGACAAUUACGCAAAGGCUUUAGCGAACCCAGUGCAUCGACAGCUGACAUGUUGAGUAUUUAUAGAGUUUUAUCAUUUGUUGGAUUUAUUGUUCAAAAUAAAUUAUAAAUCUGUUUUUAAUUCAUAUGCUUAA